UCAUCAAGAUUUACCAGGUCCCGGGCGUUGGGCCAGCUGGUCGUCUCUUUAUUUGUGUCGUGGGUUAAAUUUAGACCAGCAUCACAUUUCGCCCUUGGAUUACCACGUGGAGCUAUUCUAAUGAGGAGCAACCGGUUGACCGAAGCACGGUCUCUCACGGCGCGGAGAUCCACCGGGACCAUGCGAUGACCCUCGGGAUCUGCCUCACACCAUGAAAGCGUUGGCGGUCUGCGCCGGCACGGUUGGUAGUGUCAAAGCACUUUGGGAAGGAAGGAUUCAGCAAUUCAAAGAAGACCGAGAGAGAGAAAAGGAGUUGUCCAGAAGGAAGGGGCUGAAGGGGGUAACGGUGGUAUGGCAGGAGCGAAUAAAUCUGGCCAGGUUGAAAGAGAAAGUGAUCACAACAGAGGGAAGGGUUGUGCUGAAGAUUGAGAACGAAGCGUGGAAGACACUACCAAAUGCAAUACAACAAUUGACAUAUUUACAAGAAUGGCAUAUCCACAGAACUGGCUUGGAAACAAUUCCUCAAUUUAUUGGAAUAUUUGAUAACCUCCUUGUGUUGGAUCUAUCACGAAAUGUAGUCAAGGAACUACCAAGGGAAAUAGGUCAACUGACCAAACUGCGCGAGCUGUAUGUCAGCUAUAACAGACUACGGCAAGUACCUCGAGAGCUUGCGAGCUGCAUAAACCUGGAGAAACUGGACCUAGCUGUAAACAGAGAUCUCUGUAACUUACCUGAACAGUUGUCCCAACUGCAGAGGCUCUACCAUCUCGACCUGUCCAUGAACCGGUUCACUGCAGUCCCCUUGGCUGUUCUGAAUAUGCCUGCACUGGAAUGGUUAGACAUGGGCAGCAACAAACUUCAGGAGCUUCCGGAUGACAUGACUAGAAUGGAAAAUCUGCACACGAUUUGGCUACAGAGGAAUAAAAUCACUCACUUGCCAGAGACCAUUAGUAAAUUGAAAAAUCUCAGCACUCUGGUUCUAACAAGCAACAAGCUGCAGAGGAUCCCAAUUUGCAUGGAAGAAAUGAUCAAUUUGAGGUUUGUGAAUCUGAGAGACAAUCCACUUCAGCUAAAAGUAACACUACCCACGUGUGCAAACCCUGCAGAAGAGGAAGACCGUGAAUUGUUUGGAAUAGAGUUUAUGCAAGUCUAUAUAAAGGAAUUAAAAAACUGCAAAACUGAAACUUGUAACUCAGCACUGUCAGUUACAAAUGAGGCUGAAAUAGUCAAUUAAAAUCAUGCUACCACUGUCACAAAGCAAAUGCUGUAUGAAAAGAACAUAAUGCAAAUUUAAACAAUGAACACUUAAGUGAACCUGACUGGAUUCUUUGAAACUUGUGAAUUUAUGAAAUGCAAGAACUUUGACAUCAACCAUCAAAAACAUAAAAGAAAAACUCCACGGCUGCAUUUUAUUAAAUUCAUUGUAUGUGACAAAGAGAAUCAAGGACUAAAGAUUAGUUAAUGAAUGGA